UUUGCGUAAGAAUAAUGACAGUAUUUUAAUUGAAAAUUUAUAAAAGUACAAUUUUGAAAGCUCAAAACCCACCUACAUAAUAAUAAUAAUAUGCAUUUAUAGCAUUUCUAAUCUUAGAAUGCAUGUAUAAAAAAAAGAAACACUUUGUUUUAAUCAAAUAUAAUUUCCAUUGCCAAUAAAUAUAUAAAUAUAUUUAUACACAUAUAAAUACUUUGUUAUUACAAAUAUUACAUCACAACUGGUUAAACAUGAAUAAAAUAUUAAGAGGGAUAAUGACAUACCGCAAAACAACACGUGAACACAUGGUAGCCGAAUUUAAACAAGUCAAAAAUAAUCCAGAGCCAAAAGCUGUGUUUUUCACAUGCAUGGACUCUAGGAUGAUACCCACGAGAUUUACUGAUACAGCUGUUGGUGAUAUGUUUGUUGUGAGAAACGCUGGUAAUUUAAUUCCAAAUUCCCACCAUUUUCAAGAUGAAUAUUUUAGUUGUGAACCGGCUGCAUUAGAAUUAGGUUGUAUAAUUAAUGAUAUCCGACAUAUUAUAGUUUGCGGUCACAGUGAUUGUAAAGCAAUGAAUUUACUUUAUCAACUUCGAGAUCCAGAACUAUCAUCUUUGAAUAAUAGACGUAUUUCACCAUUAAGAUCAUGGCUUUGUACACACGCAAAUUCAAGUUUAGAAAGAUUCUUAGAUUGGAAAGAAGCUGGUAUGAAAGAUCCAUUAGUAUUUUCUUCAGAAACCCCAUUAAGAAAAUUUGUUGCAUAUAUUGAUCCAGAAGAUAAAUUUGCAAUUGAAGAUAAAUUAUCUCAAGUUAAUACAUUACAACAAUUAUCAAAUAUCGCAUCAUAUGGACUUUUAAAAGAACGCUUAGAAAAUUUUAAUUGUCAUAUACAUGCUUUAUGGUUUGAUAUUUAUACUGGUGACAUUUAUUAUUUUAGUCGUGGUGCAAAACGUUUCGUUGAAAUUAAUGAAAAUAGUAUAGAAAAAUUAUUAGAAGAAGUGGAAAAAUAUUAUUCCUAACUUAAUUCCAAAAUAUUUAUAUGUAUAUUUCUAAAAAAGAAAUAAAUAUGUAGCUGUGAUAAAGGAUCACUUUUGGGGUAUAGUUAGAUUAUGUAUUUGAAGAAUCCAAAAUGUUCUUUAAAUAG